CGUGUACAUUUCACGAAUUAGAGCUGGUUUUAUUUAUUGAUUGGAUUUAUAAAUUAAAUUCUCUAAUAAAUCUAAUUGUAUUAAAAUAAAACACAAUGUCAAGUAAAAGCAAAUCAUUAGAUAGUUCAAGCAAAAGCAAAUUAAACAAUUCAGUGUGGAAAAGAGCAUUUACUUCAAAUGCUGAAUGGCCCGACAAGGAAGAAUUUCUAGACGUAAUUUAUUGGAUGCGACAAGCGAUAGGCAUAAUUUUAGGCUUAUGUUGGGGUCUGCUGCCACUUAAAGGAUUUUUUGGUCUUGUAUUAUUUGUGGUUGUGAACGCUGCAGUGAUAUAUUUUUACGUAAGCAAUAUUCAAAAUGUAGAUGAGGAGGAAUAUGGUGGGAUGUGGGAAAUUACUAAAGAAGGCUUUAUGACAUCUUUUGCUGGAUUUCUAGUCACAUGGAUCAUUGUGUACACAGGUCUUCACGGAGCAAGCAGUUUAUGAGACUAAAUUUAUACUUAUGGUUACAUAAAUAUCCUAAAAUCCCAUAGAACAAAUACCGGAUAAUAAUGAAUGUUUUUUUUUACUUGCCAAUCAUUUUUUAUACCUAUUGUGUAUGAAUUUGUAACAAAAUGUUUCAGAGUAAUUUAGAGUAAUUAAAAAACAUUUAAUAUUUAGGUACAAAGACUAUGUUUUAUGUUGCUGAAAAGGUUAUUACUAAUUUAUUAAAAAGACAAGAUAAAUGUUUAUUUAAAGAUAUUUUCUAUGAAAUAUAUUAAUAGGACUAUCAAAUAUUGAAAGUACAUACUAUGGUAAAUUGUAACUUUAUUAAAUUGAUGUUUAAUAAUUAAUAUUAGUAAAUGUAGGUUUGGAAUUGUAAAAUAUGAACAGUUUUGUUUUAUAUAAGCUGAGGUUUACAGUUUUGGUUUCAUGCAUUUUUGUCAUUAUAAUUUAUAAGUGAAAAUUAUUGUUAAGUUUAAUAAUUUAAAUGGUGUUCAUAAAUCCCUAUUAUUUUACAGAAUGCAAUGCAAUAAUUAGUUUAUCAUGUUUGAAAUGUUUUGUUGUGUAUGGUCCUUGAUGAGUUAUUUGAAAAAAUAUAUUGAUUUCUAUUUAA